GGGGGACAGGCGGCCCGGGGCGGGGGGGCUGCCGGGGAGUUCCCAAACUCCUCGUCCUCUAAGUGGCUUUGAGCCGCCGGCCGGAGCAUCAGGAGCAGAGCAGGCUGGUGUGCAGGCAGGGAGCGGCGAGGAUUGGCUGGGGCUGGCGCGUGGGCUCCUGCAGCUGGAGCUCCCCUGCCAGAGCCGCCUUCCCCGGCUCCAGCCAGAGUGGGGACUCCUCCAGCUCCCCUGCCUGCACCCUGCCCGUGGGUCCCAGCACCGGGGAGCCUGCUGCUCAGCCACACAGCACCCGCCGGUCCUCUGCCUGCUCUCGCCUGCCCCGUCGGAGCUCGCGGUGUCCUGCACAGGCCUCCGCAGCAUGGGGACGGUCAGCGAGCUCUGUGCCUCCAGUUUCCAGGCCUUCCUCUGCCCCUCGGUGGCUGCCAAGGCAGUGCCCAGUGACCUGACCCCGGAGGAGUGCCAGGAGCUGGAGAACAUCCGCCGUCGCAAGCAGGAGCUGCUGGCUGACAUACAGCGGCUGAAAGAUGAGAUAGCAGAAGUGACGAAUGAGAUCGAGAACCUGGGGUCCACGGAGGAGAGGAAAAACAUGCAGAGGAACAAGCAGGUGGCCAUGGGCAGGAAGAAGUUCAACAUGGAUCCCAAGAAGGGCAUCCAGUUCCUGAUCGAAAACGACCUGCUGAAGAACACGUGUGAGGAUAUUGCUCAGUUCCUUUACAAGGGAGAGGGCCUCAACAAGACAGCCAUCGGUGACUACCUGGGCGAGAGGGACGAGUUCAACAUCCAAGUCCUGCAUGCCUUCGUGGAGCUGCAUGAGUUCACUGACCUCAACCUUGUGCAGGCCCUGCGGCAGUUCCUGUGGAGCUUCCGGCUUCCUGGGGAGGCGCAAAAGAUCGACCGGAUGAUGGAGGCCUUCGCCCAGCGGUACUGCCAGUGCAACCCCGGCGUCUUCCAGUCCACAGACACCUGCUAUGUGCUCUCCUUCGCUAUCAUCAUGCUGAACACCAGCCUGCACAACCCCAACGUCAAGGACAAACCUACAGCGGAGCGCUUCAUCGCCAUGAACCGUGGCAUUAACGAUGGGGGAGACCUACCUGAGGAGCUGCUUCGGAAUCUCUAUGAAAGCAUCAAGAAUGAACCCUUCAAAAUCCCUGAGGACGAUGGCAAUGACCUCACCCACACCUUCUUCAAUCCCGACCGGGAGGGCUGGCUCCUGAAGCUAGGAGGCAGGGUGAAGACGUGGAAGCGACGCUGGUUCAUCCUGACCGACAACUGCCUUUACUACUUCGAGUACACGACGGAUAAAGAGCCCCGUGGCAUCAUCCCGCUGGAGAACCUGAGCAUCCGUGAGGUGGAGGACUCGAAGAAACCUAAUUGCUUUGAGCUCUACAUCCCCGACAACAAGGACCAGGUGAUCAAGGCCUGCAAGACGGAGGCGGACGGGCGAGUGGUGGAGGGGAACCACACGGUGUAUCGCAUCUCCGCCCCCACGCCCGAGGAGAAGGAGGAAUGGAUCAAGUGCAUCAAGGCAGCGAUCAGUCGGGACCCUUUCUACGAGAUGCUGGCUGCCAGGAAGAAGAAGGUCUCCUCCACCAAGAGACACUAGCAGCCUCCACUGGCCCUGCAAGGCUGACGUGCCCCCGGCAGCCUGAGCGUCUCCCCUCCCCGGAGGGCUGCGGGGCUGGGGCUGCACUGCAGCCUGGCCCUCGGGGGCCCAGGACCCAGCUUCAGCUUCGCAGUUUCUUUACUGUGGGGAGGAGGAGGGGGCACAGGCAUCCCGGUGGCUCCGGCCCCCCAUCACUGCCUCAUUUCUAGGAAAGCAUCUUCACGGGCUGGAGCUGGGACACUGACACCCCUGCGUUGCAGGGAGCCCCAUCCUGCCCCGGGCUCGGCUGCAGGAUGGGGAGUGCUGCAUGUGUGUACUGUCCUCCCCUCCCGCCUCAGCCAGCCAAGGCGCCAUGGGCACCCUCCCUGCUCCCGAUCCUCCCAGCAAGCAUGCAGCCGCACAUGCCACUGGGUCCCCCCAGCAGCCAUGUCCUGAAGCACUUCGGGUGUCCCAUAGGGAAGGCAAACGGCUGCUGGUUAGCAGCUGGCGGUUUUGGGGUGCUGCAGGUGCCGGGAUGAAGUGUGGCAGCCCCAGGGGAGCUGGGGGGGGGGGGGGCCCGAGGAGGCAUGACUUCUGGCUCUCGUUGUAGCGGGCCUGGGUCUGUCCUGGGCUUCCCCAUGCUGCUGCCUUGGAGCCUCCCAGCUGUCGCCUGCACCAGGGAUGGUCCCUGCGGGCGCAGGGACGGCUGCAGGGCCGGGAGUUGUCACCGUCAACGGUGUGCAGUGGUGCCACAUGGGGCACAGACAUGUCCUUGCCAAGCCGUGGGGUGCCGGAGCUCAGAUGAGAGCCCCUGUCCAGCAGCACCAGCUGGCAUUGCCCCCCAGCAUGUCCUUGCAGCACAAUCCCCUCAGUGAGGGGCAGGGGAGGCUGUGCCAGGAGUGACUGUCGUCUCC